UUCUCUCCCAUUACGACGCAACGCAAAACGCUGUCAUGGGACUCCACCCUCAGUAAUAAGCGAGAUUCUCAGUUAGUCACACCUUUCCCAACUUAUGUAUUAUCAUCAAAUAUAUCAAUUAUUCACAUAAGUAAUUCUGGUCUUAUUUCACGACACCACAUAUUGGCGACGAGGAUAAAAAGAGUCUAAGUACGUAAAUUGUGAGUUCCGGUAAUAAAAGUGCCUUUAAAGUUGGAUUUAUCGAGAACGCGUCACACACAAAAUGUCGGAGGAAUUCAAGGCCAAGCUUGCUGAAGCCACCACUAGACAAGCUGAACUUCAGAUAACAAUUGACAGACUUAGAGUGGAAAGGAGUGAACAUCGAGACAAAGCUAAUCGACCAUCGGGCACAUGAGCGAAUUUCAAAUCGGUGAUGAUUGGACAAUUUAUCAAGAUCGUCUAAAUCAAUACUUUAUCGCGAAUAAUGUGACCCAACCGGAUCGAAAAGUAGCAGUUUUUGUUACGCUUAUCGGACAUGACGCGUAUAAAUCCCUCAAAAACUUGUGCGACCCGGAUUUACCAUCCAGUAAAACUUACGAUGAGCUUUGCACUAUUUUAAAAAGCCAGUUCUCGAAGCGUGUAUCGGUACUGCGCGAACGAACGGAGUUUUACGAGCUCAAGCAAAAUGAGCACGAAUCGGUAAACAAUUGGUUUAUUCGUAUGAAAAGUAAAGCCGCGACGUGCGGAUUUGGUGCCCUAUUAGAUAGUGUCAUUAAAGACAAAUUAGUGACUGGUCUUCGAAAAGGUCCUGUUUUGGAUAGAGUGUGCGAAGAAGAUCACACCAAAAAUCUUUCGGAAAUUUUGGAGAUCGCGAGAAAAAAAGAAGCUUCGGUUUUAAAUUCAAAAAAUAUGAAUUCAGUUUUUAAUGUCAAUCCCAAAACAAACAAAGGUUUUAAUAAAAAGGACAACUCGAAAAACAAAGAUAACACCUUAGACAAAGUGACGAACAAAAACAAUACAAGCAAUCCAUCUUGUAAACAUUGCGGUGGAAACAGUCAUCAUUUUAGGAAGUGUAAAUAUCGAAGUUUUAAAUGUAACAAGUGCGGCAAGACGGGACACUUAGCUAAAAUUUGCAGAUCAAACGAUAAACGCGACGAUAAAAAUUAUUUAGUCGAAGACAACGAGUGUAGUUCCAUGCUCGACUGUGAAAAUCUCUAUUCGCUGGAGGGGAGUAGUGAACCGUUUCUGGUCGACAUUUUCAUUGGCGAAGAACAAAUCAGGGCGGAGAUUGAUUCCGGCGCUGGUAGGUCCGUCAUCCCUGAAUCGGUAUAUCGAAAUCAGCUGUCCAUGCAUAGACUGAAUCCAGUCAAAACAACACUCAGAUUAUACAAUGGAACCGUGAUUCACCCCCUUGGUGAAAUAUCAGUGAAACUCGCUGCCCGAGACAAACUCGCUACCGCAAAUCUACUGGUCGUCAAAGGAGGAUGCCGAAUGUUAAUAGGCAGAUACCUGAUGACUCAUCUCGGAUAUCAGAUGAUUCAAGUAAACACGAUCGACACGAGCGAUAACCUACAAAGCUUGUUACAAGAAUAUGAACCACUCUUCGAAGAAACUCCCGGGAAAUAUAAAUUCGAGGAAGUCGACAUGAAGAUCCAACCGGACUUCAAACCCAUUUUUCACAAGCCUCGACCAGUUCCUAUCGCAUUCAAAUCAGAAAUGGAUCGUCAGUUGGAUGAAAUGGAAAGUCAAGGAAAAAUUGAACCGAUUGACAACGCGGAGUGGGGGACACCUCUAGUGCCUGUAUUACAAAAAGACGUGAAGUAUCCUACGCCUAGGAUCGAGGAACUUUUUGCCUUAUUAUCGGGCGGAGAGAAAUAUACCAGGAUGGACAUGGCACAGGCCUUCAAUCAACUCGCAGUCACCGAGGAAACUUCAAGACUAUUGGCAUGGAGCACGCACAAAGGAAUCUACAAGGUAAACAGAAUCCCCUUCGGUCCAAAAACUGCAACGGCAAUUUUUCAACGGAUAAUUGAAAAAACACUACAAGGAAUCCCGGGAACAGCUAUCUUCUGCGACGAUGUAGUCGUCACAGGAAAAACAACAAAAGAACAUCUACAAAAUGUCCGCGAAGUGUUCAAAAGAUUGUUAAAUGCCGGUUUUAAAUUGAACCUCAAAAAGUGUAAAUUUUUCCAGGACGAAGUUCGAUAUUUGGGACACAUCAUCGACCGCCAUGGUCUACGAAAAGAUCCGGAAAAAGUUGCUGUAAUCAUAGAAGCCAGAGCACCGGAGAAUGCAACGGAAUUGAAAGCCUUCCUCGGGAUGUUCAACUACUACGCGAAAUUUGUUCCGAACAGCAGUCAACUCCUCAAACCGCUCUACGAAUUGGCAAAUCAACCCAAAUUUUCCUGGACCAAAAAAGAAGAGGAAAUCUUCAAACAAGCGAAAUUAAAGAUCGCUUCGGAUCGGAUUGAAAUGUACUAGUACAUU